CACGUUGGCCUCCUGCACCGGGGCACCGAGAAGCUCAUCGAGUACAAGACAUACCUCCAGAUAACCCGGCUGCUCAACCACAUCAUGGCCGUGACCACGCACGCGCUGGACAUCGGGGCCAUGACCCCCUUCUUCUGGAUGUUUGAGGAGAGGGAGAAGAUGUUCGAGUUCUACGAGCGGGUUUCGGGGGCGCGGAUGCACGCCGCCUACAUCCGCCCCGGUGGGGUGCACCAGGACCUGCCCCUGGGGCUGAUGGACGACAUCUAUGAGUUUGUGAAGAAUUUCUCUACGCGGAUAGACGAGGUGGAGGAGAUGCUCACGAACAACCGCAUCUGGAAGAACCGCACGGUCGACAUCGGGGUGAUAACGGCGGAGGCGAUCCUCCAGUGCCUCAACAAGAUGCCUGAGGGGGAGAUCAAAGUAGAUGAUGCCAAAAUCUCCCCUCCGAAGCGGGCAGAGAUGAAG